UGUUCUCUCCAGCACAGGCUGUAUCACAGGAGCCAGGACCACGUCACCACGAUACUGAGACUUUCUCUUACCGCAGAGGAACAAUGUCAUGCUCUAAUCUUAUAGUGGUUGGCAUAUUUUCUAGAGAAGAUUACAGCUCAUACGAGUGGCUGAUCAACCGUGUGAGGUCUGUUACAGGAGUGAAGGAUGUGCGCAAUGUUCAGAUCACCAACACCUGGUCCCAUUUUACUGCUGAGGUCCCCAAGUGCUCGUUUGCCAUCCUAUAUCACAGCAAGAGGAGAGGAAGGGUAAAUGUCACUGACGUUACAGACAGCCUGUAUGACAGAGAGCUGAAACACCUGUCAGAUAUAUAUGGGAAGGACAGAGUGCUGGUGGUGAUAGAUGAUCUGACGAACACUAGCGAGGAGGAGAAGAGCCGGAUCCUGCAGCUUCAGCCCAGCAUUGGGACCCUGGCCAGCAAUCUGUUCCUCUAUAACGAAGAGCAUGGUGACAGUGAUGAGAGGACUCCAUUAAUGUCACCAAAUAAUAAAAGUUUGGAGACACUGAUCAGGAGAGCUGCCAGUAACGACGGUGUACCAAGACGUGUCAUCUGGCUGAUCAUCAUCAUCGUGGUGGGCUUACUUAUUGUGAUCAUUGUUGUCAGCACCCUGCCGAGCGGACACAGCGAAUAUCAGAAUGUGACCUCAGUACCUACAUUAUCCAUCAUCACAACCACUUACCAUACUCCAAACUACACCAUCCACCUGCUCGCAAAUGCCACCCAACUUCCAGGAAAUUCCAUCCAACUGCUAGGAAAUGCCACCCAACUGCUAAGAAAUGCCACCGAACUUUGAGUAAAUACCACCCAACUGCCUGGAAAUACCACCCACCAGCCGUGAAAAAGAGGUCCAUUUAUUAACAUUAUUUUUACCAAAGUAAUGUGAAAAAGGGUGAGGGUGAUUCCAAGUUGAUCGCAGCUGGAUUUUUGAUAGCAAUUGGGCAAAACCAUGUGCACUGCAGGGGAGGCAGAUAUAACAUGUGCAGAGAGCGUUAGAUUUGGGUGGGUUAUUUUGUUUCUGUGCAGGGUAAAUACUGGCUGCUUUUAUUUUACACUGCAAAUUAGAUUGCAGAUUGAACACACCCCACCCAAAACGAACUCUCUCUGCACAUGUUACAUCUG